AUGGAAACAGGCUGUUUGAGAAGGGCGGAAAGAUCCCACAAUGACUGGGGUGUCCGCCAGUUCAACCCUGGAAACCUUUCCAGCGUCCGAGAGAAAGCCGGCAGCCUAGGAAGCCUCCAUCAAACUCUGGCUCUGAGCAUUCAAGCUCGUAAUUCCGUUAAAUAUUGCUUCGUGAAGUUGACUACCCGAGUUCCAUGCCGCUGGAGCCUUGCCGUCUGUGCAAGUUGCCUCGUUCUGCUUAUCCAACACAAUAUCAUUUUGUGUGUGGACUAUGAACCUAGAAUUUCCAGUACACACAGCUUAAUCCCAGGGGUAUAUAUGUCGUCAAGCUCCUACAUGAUCGGCAUUCCUGGCGGCGACCAACAUUGGUGCUGCAUGCUAGGCUGGAGCUAUCCCAGCCUGAUUCCCCAGGCCCCGGUUUUCGCUUGCAUGGGCUCCGCAUUUCCGGGAUCUAAACUGCCAAUGCUUCCGGUGCAGGAUAAUGGUAUUCAGGAGACCUCUGCAAACAAGGGAACUUUAUGCGGGCCUUGAGUCUAAUAUAAACUCACAGUCAUGGUUCUCAGCGCUUGGAAGAAAAUACCGUUCAAACACACAAAUUCCAAGGCUGAUCUCCCAGAGAGAACCAGAUGAUAUCAUACCUAUCCUAUCAAUUCCAUUCUGCAGGAGUACUGGUUAUCAGACUGAAUGAAGCAGAUGAAGUGAAAGUAAGAGGACCUUUUGAGAACACUUUCAAAUAUUGGGGCUUUGGAGGUCUAUCUUGGUUUGAGUGAGGGCAGUUUUUGACAAAUAUGAUCAUGAAAAGGAAGGCUUGUUUGUGAUAAUGGCUUUUCCUGACACACUACAACUUGCUCUGGGUAAAUCUGUCUUGAAAUGCUGGGCCGGACGGUGCGUUGACGUGGGAGAGAUUUACUUUGGAGGUUGAGCAAACCAAGGUGAACGCCGCUGUGAAGGCGAAAGAAAGGACCGCAAGAGAUCUGGGUUGGUGGCAUGACAGCCAGUACGUCUAAAUUCACUCCUGGCCAUCCAUUGUGAGAGAUCUGUUUGUGAAUCAGAAAAUGCCUUGCUCCGCAUUCAACAACCCCCCUCCUCCGGGGACAUAGUUUUAAAAUUGGAAUACUGGAUACCCGUCAAUGCCAUACUAGAGAAGCAUCGUGAAUGGCGAAAUACAAAAAAUGAAGGUCGAUGACCAUGGAUGGGGACAAGCACAAAUUCGCUCUCCUACAAGCUGAAUAUUUAGGAUGGAAGAGCCAUGAAAUAUGGCUCCCAUCAGAUAGUGCAGUUUGCUAUUUUGUGGCUUCUUUACAGAGGAAACCCACGGAGUGGAGUAGCUUUUAUGGUGAUGAGCCGGCCUGAAACUUGCAGAAGAGUCCCUUUAACCAGCAGCAGAGUGACACUGGGUCCUUUAUGAUCUCUAGGACGAGACAUCAAACAGAAAUAAGAAUUAUUGGUGAGAAGGGUGGUGAUAAUUGACAUGGUCGUCCGCCCACUAAAUACUCUACUACAUCAUACAAGAUCUGCACCAGGCUCGUAGCGCUGCCUAUCCCGCCUACCCCGCGGAUCCUAUCUUAAAUAUCCCCCCAGGGACAAUCCAACAGAGAAUCUACGGCAGCGUGGAAAGAAGGAGGCCUCGUUGUCUGAACCAUUUAUCUCAAGGUAAGGAGACAGAUCACAAAUUCUUCUGCGAAUGCCACGUGCUAUCUGCUGUUUCAUACGUAGAAAUUGCACUGGAGUUCCAUGUCUCUUCUCGGCAGCCCGAGCUUCGGAGAAUCAUAAUUACUACAUAGCCGACACCUGUCCAACGUCCCGAUUAACUUAGAUAACAGGUCCACAGCAUACGCUCUCCAUGCAUCCGUCCCGCCCCUCACAGUAAUUGCUAGUAAACACUCUAUUGUUCAAUUAUGGAGCAAAGCUUUACAUCUGCAAGUUCUGUCAAUAGCAAACUUUGUGCCUGUGAGCUUGG